AUCAUUGAAGAUGUCAGACAUGUGUGCAGUGUACAAAGUUUCCUCCUCUGUGAAGGUGAAGCAGAUGGAGGCAGAGCUGUGUAGUCACCUCUCUGCACUCAAAGCAGAGAUUGAAGAGAAUAGAGGAGCAGGAUCUUCUAAUGCCUACAGUUUUUGUUCCAGUUCUGUACUACCUCCAAAAGAUAUUUCCUUCUUUCGUGUGGAGAGGGAGCAUGCACUGAGGAGAGGGCUUCAGGUGGCUGACAUUUUGCCGACUCGGUCUCAGGCUGAUAUCGUGCAGCGAGAGCUGGAGAGCUGCUUGAGUUUGGAGUACACUCCUGACAGUCUGCCUCUUCUGCUGCACCAGUUCUUCACAGACAGAUCUUAUCACUUGGCUCAGAUCAGAUAUCUGCUUAUGCUGAGAUGGAGGAGAUUUUGCCGCCAUGCCAGCGUUAUUGAGAAGCUUUAUCCCCAUUAUAAGGAUCAGGUGUCCUACAUGACCCAUGAGUAUCAGGAUGCUGUUCAGAGAGCUCGCAGACUGUCAGCAAGCAGAGAGAAGAUGCUGACCGGCCAAGGAAACCUUGUCAGCCUGCUCACUCAGGACGAUGUCGUCAUUUAUCUGCAGUGGCUUGUCUGCCACCUGCACUCUGUUCAGCCCAUCCACCACUUUCUCAGGGUGCUACACUAUGUACCUAUGUGUGAAAGAAAAGAUGAAGCACCAGGAAAGGAUUGUGGAGAAAUUUUGCAUGAAAGACAACAGGCUGAUGGACUACCACUCCACACAGUUCACCUGGAGCAGUUCAUGCCCGAGCUGGAGUCCCUGCUCGCCUACUUCCGCCUGCCGUAUGACACAGGAAAUCUGAAAACCACUGCAGAUGAGAUGGAGCUAUUCAGCAUGGUGUGGAGGGAGUUUAAAACAAUCUUCCGACAACAAGAGCAGAUGAAAACGUUUCCUCCUUACGACUGUAUGGACGUCAGAGAGAGUCAGUGGGGGAGGAAGAGUGCAAACAUGGCUGUGUGCAAGGAGGCUAACUGGGUUCCUUUCAUCCAGGUGAAACCCAGGCGAGAUCCGUGGCAGCAGAAGCUCUUCACAAAGCUCAAGGAAAAGAAUUCAGUUGAUGAGCUGCUCCAGAUGCAGUGCAAGUUUCUUCAGGUCCGCAAUUUGCUCCACGUGGCUGCAGCUCUCAAAGAACAUGCUGCUCAAGUUGGCGACUCACAAUCCACAUCGUUCAUCUCAAGCAGCCGCAAGACAAAAAAACAAAUGAUCUCUGAGAUUUGGAAAAGUGUUUACAACGCUGCCAAUCUCAUUCAGGAAACCCACAGUCACUCAUCCGCAUCCAGAGGGAGCAGAGGCAGCAACAAAGAGAUUUCAAAGAGUCAGACUUCAAGCUUUUACCAUGAAAGUCAGUCUUUGGAGGACAACCUGCAGGUCCUGGGCCUGGAUGACAGUUUACCUGAAGGCCUCUCAGGUCCAGUAGUAACCAGAGGAGCUUACCUGUCCCUCAUCUUUCUGCGCCACUUGAAACUCAGAGAGCUCCAGCGUGUGUCACUUGGGAUGCUGAACUACCUGCGCUCUGUGGAAAGGACUUUGACCUUUGACCUGGCAGGUUUGCAGCUAGAAGGACAGGUGCUGUGCAGCACAGCGGAGGAGACGGGUUGGAUGAAUGUAGCCAGAGGAGGAAAAGGAGAGGCAGAAGGUCUCGGCUCUAACCAGUAUAUUCACAGCACUCCUGUCGACUACAAGGUCCACUGCUCAGAGUUCAUGGAGUUUGCAGAGGUGGAGAAUCUUCACGAUUUUUACACCUCUGAGGGCCGUUACAUCCACACUCAGGACCCCAGAGGGUUUUACAUCAUGUACGACGCUGCUCUGCAGGACCUUGUGGAGCUGAUGAAUGAGCUUCUCCUCAUCGGCUCGCACUUCAUCCACAGAAACACGAUCAAACAAAUUGGAAAAACUGAGGGAGUGUCAGCCUCGACAGUAGAUUUCAACUCCUGGGCUGGGACAGAUGUUGACCGCGUUGCUGUGCUUCUCAAUUUGUGGACAUGUGAGACUGAGUUCAUGGAAAGCAAAGUCCAGCUUUUAAACUGUUACUAUGAAGCCUACCAGCAUGCAGUGGGCACAGAGGAGAGGUUUGCAUUGGCCCAAGUUAUCACUGACAUCAUGCACAGGAAGCCACAGCUGGACCUGAACCAGGAUAACUAUUUUCAGGCCUACAGGACUGAGAUCAGCUGCAUGCAGAGCCACCAGCGGCUGAUCCGAGACAUCCUGGACAAUCAAAUAGAGAGACAGCGACUGUACCUUCAGCGCAUCUGGAGAAAUGAUCACAAAGGCUUUAUAACCAGCUAUGGUCAUCCACCCAACUAUGUUCCCCAAUAUUUGGUCUCACUUGGAGGCGCGAGGCCUGCUCUGAUGAACGUAUUCCUGCUAGAAGUUCACCCAUCACUCUGUCUGGCCUCUGCAGUCUAUCACGGAUUGGUUCAGGCUCACACUGAACUAUGUCAGUUGCACCGAGCCACGAGCAUCACUGACAAACUCCACCUCGAACACAACCUCUUAGAGCAGGCACUGAAAAUCUGGAACAACCAGACUUCACCAGGAGCCUCCUACAGCUCACAAAUACAAAGAGAUUUGUUCUCAGACGUGUUUAUCGAGGAUCCAAUUUUGGUCCAGAAGUUGGGCCUGUCACUAGUAAAAGCUGCAGACGAGAGGAACAUGAAGCAAGGACCAGACAAGCACCCCUGUGCUGUAGAAACAUUGUCCAUGCUGCUGGAGCUUAUGAGCAUCCGCCAUCGCCUGCUGGAAUCUGCCUCAGAGACGGCACAUCUGGCACAGCUGUACAGAAAUGUGGCCUUAGAGCUCGGCUUUGAGGAGUUCCACCUGUAUCUGAGGCCGCUGCAGUUUGAGUGUACUGAUCAGAAAGUCGGAGUCCAGCACAGGCCUUUUUGUAUCACAGAAAUCCUGGAGGAUGACAGCUGUGUGGACAGGCUCAUCCCAUCCCAUCUGCCUCUGAGCAUCCAGGAACUGGACGAGAACCAGAUCGGGAGGUUUAGCUUCAGCUCAGAGGAAGCAGUUAUCCAUCUUAUGAACAGACAGAGUAUCGAGAACCUCCAGGUGGCGUUGGCCUGUCAGGUUACACAGAAGAACGCCUUGAUGAGUGCGGUCAAACUGGCUCGACUUUGUCUUUGGGCAGAAAGUGAUUCAUCUUCAGCUGAGAGGGAAGACAAAGAUGUAACAUGUAACUCCGGCUCUGGCAGCCACACAGGCGGCCUGCAGGAACAAUAUAAAUCUUUUCCCUCCAAACCCUCCAGGAGAACUUCCAUAGAAAAGCGGGCGAUGGGCGCAUUUGUGUCCAUCCAGCUGGAAAAAGUGGGUCUGCGUGACGAGAUGCUGAAUUCAUUUGUGAAGAAGAAACAGGCCGUGGGGGGGUUUCUAAAAACCCCGGAGGAGGCUGCAAAGAUCAAAAGGGAGCUCAUAAUCGACUUUCUCAGGAAAUUCAGCACACAAAUGUCCAUGCACUGUGUGAGAGCUCAGAUUGUUGGAUAUUACCACAAUCUGACCUUUCUCUUGGAAGACGUUCCCUACAUUCGUCAGUCCUACUUCAUGAUUGGACAGCCGGUUGCUGAUCGUUGUUCUGACCCCAGGAUUUUUGAGCAGUUGUUGUGUGCAGAUGGAAGAACUCUCCUCAACCUCUGGUACAUCCCCCACUUCACUGAAGUGCUUCGCAUGUUCAAAACACUUAAUGUUUCGGCAUGUGAUGAGGCUCUCCGUCACACUCUGCAGAUCACGUCAGCUCUUCAUGGCAUCAUUCAUUACCUGAUCAGCUUCUCCAAACUUGGAAACAGACAAGACUCUUUAAGAUGGGGGAGAGGACAUGAUGCAGCAGGGUCACAUCUGGCCGCUGACUGGGGAGGCGCUGAAAGCAUCGGUAGGGAGGCUUUCCUCUCCUCUGGUGAUGUUACUUCCUACCAGAAUGUAAAUGACAACAUGGUGAAUGCUCUCCCUCCGAUGAUUGGCUGCAUCCAGACUGACGUCUUCAGUCUCACGCUGCCCGUUCCUCAACCUUUGGAGAAUCAAGGCUGUCAGGCGCAGAGGAUGUAUCCAUGGAGGAGUUUCAUAGCCUGUCAUGGACUGCUCCCUCUUCAUCUUUGGGAUGUCCCACCUACUGAACACUGCAUGCAGCUCUGUUUGAGCAGCCUGAGCAGUCGCAGCAGACUGCAGGCCAAUGCUGCAAUCCUCGGGGUGUCCCUGCUCAUGGAGGACGUCCUGAACGGUGGAAGAGAGGCAGAGCCUGUUCGUCUCCAUGGCAACAAAGAUGACCUUCAGCAUAGUGGCACACCUAAUGAAGUAACGACAGUUUCUAACAAGGGAAAUAAAAGCUGCAGAGAAGAUGAUGAAGAGGAGGAGAUAAAGAUCGAUUUCUCAAACCUUCAAGAUCCAAUCAGAGUCCAGUCUGUGCUGAAAGGUUUUCUCCUGCUGACAAAGCAGCUGGAGGUCUUCAAGGAGAGAUGGGCUCUAAGACGUUUAGGCGCCGAUGUCUUCAGUACACCUGCUUUGUAUCAACAGUUUGUUAAACUUUACCGAGAUGAAAUCUUUUACCCCAGUAUGAGAGCUCUGGCUAAACAAAUGGAUAAAGAGCAUCACUAUGAGGUUUUAAUCUCUGGCACGCAGUCUCUUCUGCCCCCUCCUGGAGCUUCAGAGGUUGAUGUGAAAGCCUGGCAGCUCCACCUGCUGAUGGAGAGCACAGAGUGCGACAUGAUUAGAGCAGUGCAGAGAAAGAUGAGCAGAGAGCUCACACUAGUGCUUUCAGAGAAAACUCAACAAGAUAAUCGGCUCCCCACAGAGCUGUGGAAAAGAAGUCAAAUGAAGUACAGUUUGUCCCGUGAGCAGCCACAGAUGGUGGAAACAUUCAUCCAGCAGCUGAUGCAGGGAGCUGAGCAGUCGGAGGGAGAGCUGAAGGUCUCUCGGGAUCAUCUGCAGCAGUGUCUCACUCACCUCGGCUCCUCAGUGAUGGAGCGAGAGCGCCAAUGCUUUCUGCUUUACUCACAGUUUUAUGAACAAAUCCUGCAGCAGCACACUCGGCUUCUGUACCAGAGAGAACAGGAUUUGAAGAGUUUGAAGGACGCUCAGACAAGUAAUUCUCACAAAGAGGUGGCAGAUUUAUGCCGUGGGAUGAUGUUGGAGGUCUCAGCCCUGCGGGCCCAAGUUGCUCACCUGGAAGAAGAGAAAAUUAAUUUAGAGGAACAGCUCGGCCUCACAUUCAAAGAACGCUACCACCCUCUGGUCCGACACCUUUUCUCUACCUGCAUCCAGUUAAAGGCCAGACUUGAUGAAUAUCCCCGACAAAUGAGGCGGGACAUAAGUGUGAUAGUGAACAGAGCACGGGGGGAAGGAGUGGACAAGAUCAUCAAGCUCAAGAAGAGGUACGGCUGCACCAAAGACAAUGAUGGACUCGCCCUCACACAGUUAAAGAAGGAAGAAGUCCACGAGUUAAAGCUGGAGAACAGCCGGCUGACUGCUCUGCUCUGUAAACUGAAGGCUCUGAGAUGCUGGAGGAAGGUGGUCGACCAGGAGAAACUUCACAGGCAACUGCUCCAAACCAAGCAGAGGGAGGUUACCACUCGCACCGAGGCUCUGAGAGUGAAAAUGUUAUCAGAGGAGAAGGUGGCUCUCCUGCAGGGGGAGCUGGACUUUGCACAGCAGGCGCUGAUCUGCUCUCAGGCCGAGUGCAGCAGCAUCAAGAAGCAGCUCAGCAGGAAGACAGAGGAGCUCCAGGUGUUCAGGCAUCGGUCUGCACGGGAAGCCCGCAGCAGACAGGAGCUGGACGCUCAUCGAGUGCAAACCUUGGAACAAAUGAGAGCCGACAUGGAGGAUAGAGACAGACAGCUCAGGGCCCUCGGUGAGCAGCUGGACAGAGGCAGCAGGAUAAACAGGCUACAAAGAGAGCGCAGUGCCAAAGAGAUCCGGCAGGUGAGGGGCCAGCUACAGCAGCAGUGCAGCCUUAAACAAGAGGCCUUUCAGCAGCUGGAUAAACUGCAGAACCAGAUGAACGAUGUGGAGGCAGCUCUCUCCAGAGGAGCUUCGACAGCAGGUCAAAGCAGGACUUAUUGCAUGCUGUCAGUCAGCAGACUGAGUACUAGAAGACCCUCGACAGGUCUGCACCGGAACAGGCAGCAUUCAGCCCUGCAGCCUGGCAGCCUCACAAACUACACCACACCUCAGGACUUUGCAACAGAGCCAAGACAGCAGAGAGCAGAAACAGCCAGAGGUCUUUCAAACACGAGCACAGACAGACCUAAAGCAGAUCUGUGUCGCCUGCGCCUCCCAACAGCCGAGGCUUUGUUCCCAGAUCUGUGAGGUGCAGCAAUCAGUCACACACCCAUCUUGAUUAGCAGAUUAGCUUGCUGUAGGCUUGCCUGUAGUGUUUUAUAGCUCUGUGUGAACUGAAUGUUAUCUAUUCCAUUCCCAAAGCUGUGACAUGCAUGUCUUCCCUUUAACCUACAGCACAGCAUCUUGAUGUUGCUCCUCUUCAUAUUUCAGUAACUUUUUAAAUAUAUUUAAAAUAAACAUUUUCAAAGCUCUUAACAAAACCCUUAUCACUGAUAUUUUACUUUCUGGAUAUUUCUAUAAUUUGCCUUUAUUUUUAUCAAUCAUGUUUUGGCAAUCCGUACUUAACUUUUGUCAAUUAAUAGCAUUACAUCAUGUCUACUUAAGGUUUCUAAUACUCAUAUUGGAUAUAGACCGUUUUGAGCUUAUUGCAAAUUUAUCAGAGGAAUCAUGUCAAAGUUCAUUUUUCAGUUGUAGAAUGAGUUUGGUCACA